AUGGCGGCAGGGGCAGUUAUUUCUGCUAUUGUGGAGAACCUUUUAGGGAGCUUGAGCUCUCUGAUCGGCCGUGAGAUUGCACUAAUAUAUGGUGUCAAUUCAGAACUGAAAAUUCUCAGCAGGAGGUUAUCAACAAUUCAAGCCGUGCUUCAAGAUGCAGAGGAGCAGCAAAUCAACAAGCCAGCUGUGAAAAUUUGGCUCCAGAGUCUCAAGGAUGCGGCUUACGAUGCAGAAGACGUAUUGGACGAGUUCCUGACAGAAGCUCUUCGUCGCAAAAUGGACAAUCGCGCGAUGACAAAGGUAAGCAACAUCUUCUUACGCUCUAGAAUGGGUCAUAAAAUUAAGAGGGUUAUGGAAAAAAUAGACAGAAUUGCAGCUGAAAGGUCUCAGUUUAAUUUGAGGGAGUCUGAAGUGAACAGAAGAGUUGAAAACAUAGAGGGACGAGAGACUGAUUCCUUUGUGAUUGAAUCAGAAGUUUAUGGAAGAGAUGAAGAUAAAGAGAAGAUUGUAAAAAUGCUAAUCAGCAGUGGUGACGAAGCUGAUGAUGUCUCAAUCAUAGUCAUCCCCAUCGUUGGCAUGGGGGGACAAGGCAAGACAACAAUUGCUCAGCUAGUAUACAAUGAUGACAGAGUAAAAGGGUACUUUAACCUACGAAUGUGGAUCUGUGUUUCUGAUGAUUUUGAUGUAAAAAAGCUUGUAAGAUCAAUUAUAGAAUCUGCUACGGCUGGUGCUAAAUGUGACAUCUCAGACAUGGAUCCAUUGCAGCAUCGCCUACAAGAGGUGUUGUGGGGGAAGCUAUUUUUACUCGUUCUAGAUGAUGUAUGGAAUGACGAUCAUGAGAAAUGGGAUAGAUUGAGAAAAUAUUUGAUGUGCGGAGCAAGAGGAAGCAAAAUCAUGGUAACUAGUCGCAGUUACGGAGUGGCAGAGAUAAUGGGCACAGUGGAACCAUACACUCUAGGGGUUUUAUCUGUGGAAGACUGUUGGUCCUUAUUCAGGAAAAGAGCUUUUAGGGACAGAGGCGAAGAAGAGGCUAAUCCAAAUCUGGUGACUAUAGGAAAGGAGAUCGUGAGUAAGUGUGGAGGACUACCGUUAGCUGUAAAAGCUCUAGCUGGUCUAUUGAGGUGUAAGAAAGAAGAGAAAGAAUGGUUGUCAGUUAGAAACCACAGGAGUAGUUUAAUCGAAGAUGGAAGUGGAAUCUUACCUGCCCUGAAAUUGAGUUACAAUAGUCUCCCAUCACCCAUGAAACGAUGUUUUGCUUUUUGUGCAUUGUUUCCUAAGGACUACAAAAUUCCAAAGAAUACUCUAAUUCAGUUGUGGAUGGCGCAUGGCUUUAUUCCAGCUGAGUUGUCAUCCGCAGGGAAAGAGGUAGAGGAUGUUGGAAAUGAUUAUUUUAAUGACUUUCUAAGGAGGUGUUUUUUUCAAGAUGUCGUGAAAGAUGAAUCUGGAAAUAUUAAGGAAUGUAAGAUGCACGACCUAGUGCACGAUCUUGCUGGAUCUAUUGGUGGGAAAGAAUGCAUGACUAUGGAUGUUGGGAAUGAUAAUUGGAUGGAAAGUAUUCAUAAAAGGAUUUAUCAUGCGUCAAUUUACUGUCGUUAUAAUAAUAAUAGGGAACCAGUAGAAGUUUUCACAGCGCUCCACAAGACACAGAAUCUACGAACAUUGCUUCUUUUGCACCAUUAUGGGGAGUUUCUUCGACCACUUGGUUGUUCCUUAAGAUUUAAGGGAUUACGUGUGCUUGAUUUACAUUAUACAAAUAUUAAGAGGCUGCCCAUUUCCAUCACUCAUCUUAAACAUCUACGGUAUUUAAACCUCUCUCACACUCCUAUUAGGAAACUUCCAACCACCUUUACCUCCCUCCAAAAUCUACAAACCUUGAAGCUCUUAUAUGCUUAUCGCCUUGCAGAGAUGCCACGAGACUUGAGAAAGAUGGUUAACCUCAGGCAUCUUGAAUUUUUUGGUACAUACGUGAAUAAGAUGCCAUUAAGGAUGGGGCAACUAACAGGGMUACAAACGUUGACAAGGUUUAUUGUUGGUAAAGAGAUAGGUAGGACAAUAACAGAGUUAAAGGACCUAAAUAACCUCCGAGGUCAGAUUAGGAUUGAAAAACUGGAAAAUGUGAGGAGUGCAAGUGAAGCAGAGACAGCCGACUUGAAGAACAAGCCAAACCUAUGUGGGUUGGAAUUACGUUGGGAAGACGAUAAUUUGGGAGAAGAAGAGGUGGGGGUGGAGGGUGUGAUAGAAUGCCUUGAGCCACAUCCGAAUUUGAAAAAAUUAAAGGUAGAAGGAUAUCCAAGACCAGAGAUUCCAAGCUGGAUGUUACUACUACCAAACCUUGUUACACUAGAAUUAGUGGAUUGCAAAAAAUUGGAAUCUCUCCCGCCUUUGGGAAAAUUGCACAACCUCAAUGUGCUCCAUAUUCAAGGGCUAGACGCAGUUACCCACAUGGGUAAUGAAUUGUUGUAUGGUUCUGAUGAUCGCAUUAAUGAAGGCARCAGGGCAACAGUGGCAUUUCCGUCACUGACCAAUUUUACAAUAACACAUAUGGCCAAUUUGGAAGAAUGGUUGUUUUUCCCCAUGAAUAACAGCAAUGAUGACAAUGAACAUGAGCAACGACAAGUAGCAGUAGUUUUAUUGUUUCCUCGCCUUAAAUAUUUGAACAUCUGGGAUUGUCCUAAACUGGAGUUUUUGCCAGAGUGGAUUGACUGUUUGGUAUCGCUUCGAAGGCUCACCCUUUUCCAUAAUCCAAAUCUUCGGAAUCUUCCGAUAGCAAUUCAACAUCUUCACUCGCUUCAAUCAUUAGAGAUCCAUGAAUGUCCCCAGUUAAGGAUACAAUGUGAUAAGGAGCGAGGUCCAGAUUGGCAUAAAAUAGCUCAUAUUCCAGACGUUCGUAUACAUUAG